AUGAAUAUGCAAAGGACUACCGGAAUGAAAUUCAUGGUGAAGGGAAAGAUAGUGCCAAAAAAUGUGCAUGCAUAUGUGCAUAAAAGUAAUAUUUUUUCUAGUAAACCGAAAGAGAAAGCAUAUAAAUAUGAUAAAAAAGAUUUACGAGACAAUAAUCUUUUUUUAAAUAAUAAUAUUAAUACGGAGAGAAAUGCUUCCACUAUUUAUAUGACAAACAAUCCAUCAAUGAAUGGUUUGAGUAAAUAUGGUGGGAAUUAUUCGGUACGUCAAUUUUCAAAAUAUUCUGAUAAGAAUCUUUUCAAUGAACAGAAACGGAAAUGUGAGACUUUAUUAUCUAAUUUUCAAAAUUUUGAAAUAAAAAAUUAUUUAUUAAAAUUAAAUAAAGGAAGAUUACAGAAUAAUAAUAUUCAAAAGAAAAUAAAAAGUGUAAUUAUAAAAUUUGAAGAAAAUUAUAAAAAUAUAUUAUAUAAUAAAUAUUCAUUUUUUAAAAAUAUGUGUAAAGAAAAAAGCGGUUUUUAUAAAUAUAGAAUAAGUCAAAUAAAUCAUAACAAUUAUAAGACCAAUUUAAUUUUUCCUAUAAAUUUUAUAAACUUAUUUAUAAGUAAUAAUAAUAAAGCUUUAAAGGAAUUGAUAAAUAUUACAAAACUUAAAGGCAAAUUAUUUUUAAAUAAUAUACCAGUAUAUUAUAAAUAUGGAAUAAAAAAUCUACCAUAUUUUAAAGCAUUAUUAAUGCAUCAUUAUAAUAAAUCACCAGUUACUUAUAGUUUAAUUUUUUUACAUUUUUUUGUUUAUUUUUUAUGGAUGAAUGCUAAACCUAGACAAAUGUCUUAUACUUAUUUUAGUCCGGCCCCAAUAAGACCCCAUUCUUUUUCAUUAUUAACAUCAGAAUUUAUGUAUAAACAUUUUUGUUGUAGUUUAAAAAGUUUGAGAGAAAAACAAUUAUAUACUUUAGUAACAAACAUAAUAAGCCACAAUACUAUACAAUCUUUUUUACUAAAUACAAUAUCUUUAUUUUAUAUUGGACGUUCUUUAGAAGCUUUAAUUAAUUCAAAAAACUUUUUUUUUACAUAUAUAGUUAGUGGAAUUAUUUCAUCUUAUAUACAAAUAUUAUAUCAAAAAAAUUCAAACUAUGGUUAUAACAAUGUUUAUGUUUUGGGUGCUAGUGGAAGUAUAAGUUCCAUAUUAGCUACAUAUACAUUUAUUCACCCCAACCAUAAAAUAUAUUUAUAUGGAGUCUUAGGCUUACCAUUGGCCGUUUUUUCGUCGUUUUACUUUUUAAACGAGCUAUACAGCAUUAUAUCAAAUAAGAAUGAUGACAUAGGACAUGCAUCACAUUUGGCAGGAAUGGUUCUUGGAAUUAUUUACUACUACUCUUAUAUUAAUAGAAAGUUUCGAAUAUGA